AGACAGAGAAGAACCACAUUCUGAUGUCUGUCCUUCGUCUGAGGGGAGCAGAGAGAACCUGUUCCCACUCCAGUCUUGGGAGGUGGUCCUUGCUGUGAGGAUCUUCACCAGAUCUUCACCAGGUCACAGAAGGAGACGCAUCCUGUCAACAAAGGGGAGCAGGCCAGGAUCUGCCAGGAAUCAACGUGAGGAACUUGGGAGCUCCAGGAAACAGGCAGUGAAGGUCUUGUCGGGAAGCAGUGUCCUCAGGUCACACAGCAGAGGAGGCCCUGGCAGUAUCAAGAGUCAAGGCAUCUGAGUCUUCAACAACAAGGUCUUGCUGUCCCCACGGAACAUCAUGAUGCCCCAUAGUCAGGGGAGCCAAGACAGCAAGCUAGGGGGAGGCCAUUCUGGCCAAAGUAGUGCAUGGAUCCUCAUGGGUGUGAGAGUUUUCAAUGAUAAGGAACAGGAAGCAAAAGCCACUGCUUCCUCUAUAUCCUCUUCCUCUUAUACUGCAAUCAGGACCACAGCAAGAGAAAAGCCUGGGCCUGGAACACAAAGUUGUCCUCAAAUUCUUCUGGGAAUUUCUGCUCCCCCUAAGGCCAUGGCUUCCAGUCAAGAGAGCCAAUCCAGGGAGUGCUCUAUCAGGCAAGAUCCAGAGGGUUCAAGCACCUCACAGGAUGUGAACUUCACUCAGAUCCGGCACCAUGUGUUCCGAAAUGACAAGUUGGAUAAUUUGAUGCGAUUCUUGCUCGGCAAGUAUCAAAAGAAGGAGCUGAUCACCAUGAAAGAAAUGCUAUACACUGUGGACCAUGAUUACCAUGAGCACUUCCUUCUGAUCUUCAGGAAACUAUGUGUGUGCAUUUGUCCAGGGUUUGGCAUUGAGAUGAAGGAAGUGGAUCCCCCUGGCCACACAUAUGAGCUUCUCCCUGUCCUGGGCCUCACUUACAAGGGGAUCCUGGAUGACGAUGUCCAGAUCAUUCCCAAAAUUGAUCUCCUGAUAUUCAUCCUGAGUGUAAUCUUCAUAAAAGGCAACCGUGUCAGCGAGGAGGACCUAAGGGAACUGCUGAGAGACAGGAAGCUAUUAGCUGAGAGGGAGCUCAUUAUUAUCGGGGAUCCCUGGAAAUUCAUCACAGAGGAUUUGGUCCGGGAAGAGUACCUGGUGUACCAGCAGGUUCCUAAUAGUGAUCCUGCUUGCUAUGAGUUCCUCUGGGGUCCAAGGACUCACGCUGAAACCAGCAAGAUGAAAAUCCUAGAGCAUGUUGCCAAGCUUGAAAGGGCAUCUCCCAGGUCUUACCCGCAUCUAUAUGUGGAAGCUUUGAGAGAGGAACGAGGUAUAAUCCGGGUCAUUGAGGGACAAGAAGCAUGACAGGGACAGAUAGUGUUCCACAACCAGGCCACUGGCUUAGAUCCAACCCCACGAGAAAUAAGCCCUAUUCUCAGUCUGUGUUUGUGGAGAGCAGGCAGUUUUUUAAAGUAGUGAUGGGCCAGGGGAGGGGGCAAAAUCCCAUGCUUUUGAUCUUGUUGUCUCUUCUA